AUCUCCAACCCACCAAACUCAUCCCCUCUCUCUCUCUCUCUCUCUCUCUCUUUCUUUCCACAAGCAAAAAGUCAGCGCCACUCUCAACGGCUAGAUCUCAUCACAUCACAAAUCCCAAGACACAAUCACCACCAUCCCCAUGUCCUCCGGCGACGACGACUGGGGUCUCGACGCUCGUCGUCCGAAGCUGCACCACCACCACCACCACCACCACCACCUCGUUUCCCAUCAAACAACCACCAUCACCUCCACCUCGUUUCCCAUCUCCUCUUCCCUGUUUCCCCUCCUCAUCAGGAAACGUCCACCAUUCUCCAAUAUGAACUCCAAGACCUCUGCAACCCCUUCUUCUCCAAACUCCAACCCCUCCAAAACCCAAAACCAUCAUCUCUCAAACCCUCCCUCGCUCAAAGAGAAGAGAAAAACCAACAAAAAAAGGUGGUUUGCCAUGUCCCUGCUGAUGGUUUAGGCUCUGAUAUUUGGGCUUGGAGAAAAUAUGGCCAAAAACCCAUCAAAGGAUCUCCAUAUCCAAGAGGGUAUUAUAGAUGUAGUAGUUCAAAGGGAUGCAUGGCAAGAAAGCAAGUGGAGAGAAGUAGAGGAGAUCCGGGAGUGCUGGUUGUUACUUACACGGCGGAGCACAACCACCCUGCGCCGACUCACCGGAACUCUCUCGCCGGAAGUACACGUUCUAAGGUGUCUAACAUGACCGGAGUAGCGCCGGAGAGUCAACAGACUAGUCCACUGUCUUCUCCUACUACUCCUUUGACUGUUAACAUGGAAGAGGAGGAGGAAGAGGAGCUUGUGGUUGAGGAUAUGGAGGUUGUUGGAGAUGAUGAGCUUCUGUUUUUGGGGGUGGAUGAAGAGAGAUGAUGGCCGCCGCCGCCGGCGGUGGCGCCGGAGAGGAAGAGAUGAGAGAAAGAGAGGUGGAGGAAGGAGAGUUAAUCUGGUCCGUUGACUUCUUUUCUUAUCAAAGAAAUCUCCACCGUUCGUUUUUUUGUUUUUUUAAUUAGAUUAAAAGAAAAAAAUAUAGAGAAAAAAAU